AUCAUUCACUGAACGAAAGUUGAACGGUUUUCAUCAAUCAUUUACUGCCAAGAGCAUAAUUUUGGAUUACAGUUAUUUUUAAACUUGUGAUAUUUUAGUGAUUCAAAUCAAAAGAAAACAAAAAAUAAAUAAAAUGGCAUUCAAGUAUCUAAUCAUCGCUUCCGUAGUCUGCAUGACAUUUGCAUAUCCCGGCUUCGAAUACCAUCACGGUGGCCACGAAUUGCACGGAUUCGAAAGUGGAUUUGGCGGCGACGGCGGUGAAGCUGACUACGGUCAUCAUAUUGCCAGCCAAAGAAUAGGACACGAUCAUGAGCAUGCACAUGAAUUCCAUCACGAGGAAGAUGAACAUGUUGACUAUUACGCUCCACCGAAAUACGCUUUCAAAUAUGGAGUCAACGAUUACCACACAGGUGAUGUGAAGUCACAACAUGAAACUCGUGAUGGUGAUGUUGUCAAAGGUCAAUAUUCGCUAGUUGAACCUGAUGGUUCGAUCCGUACCGUAGAUUAUACAGCCGAUAAGCAUAAUGGAUUCAAUGCUGUGGUACACAAAACUCCAGCCGUUCAUCACGAACACCAUGACCAUCAUGAACAUGAACACCACUACUAAUUAUAAAUUCAAAAUUGUUUGCACCAGUAAAAUGGUUCUAUGUUACUGAACUGAUUCCUAAUUAUCAUUUUUAUCCUCGUUGUUUUUCGUCGUUAUUUUUUUUUAUUUAGAUUUUUAACUUUAGACUUUUUAUUUUCACUUUUGCUUCACCACUUGGAUUUGAUCACAUUUUAUUCAGUUUCUGUGAUAUUCUUUUGUAUUAUAAUUUUUGUUUUAUUAUCUAAUCUUAUAUCGAAUGCUGACUAAGUACUUUUUUAAUUAAGAUCAUUAGACGGUUUCUGUUGAAUCAUCGAAUGCAAAGCUUUUUGCUUUUGACUGUAACUUUCAUUGUAACUAUUAUGUCUUCACCCUUUUCACAAUACAAAUCUUCAGCGUAAGCAUCUGGUUGAAUUGUAAGGAAAUUUCAUUUUUAACUUUAAUUUCGCAGAUCGUUGAGUAAUGAAAAU